CCACCCCGCAGUCUGGCUUGAUGGGGAAGUGCCGUCGGCCUCGCACAGCCUUCACUAGCCAGCAGCUCCUGGAGCUGGAGAACCAGUUCAAACUCAACAAGUACCUGUCCAGACCCAAGCGCUUUGAGGUGGCCACGUCGCUGAUGCUCACCGAGACGCAGGUACUUUGAUCCUGAGUGGAUGGAGAAUAGCACCAGGUGGGGCGAGUCAAGUGGAAGCGGAGCCGCAAAGCCAAGGAACAGGGGGCUCAGGUGGAGGCAGAGAAGCAACGAGGGCUCAGCAAAACCUGCGAGAAGCUGCUGCCUGGAGAGCCCCGGGGACAAGCUGAUGAAACCCCUGACUUCAUGGGACGUAGCCCCAGCUCGGGCUUCCUGCACCACGGCACCACCGAGCUGGGCUACAGCCCGGACUCCUCCUGCUCAGGGGGUGAGGAGGAAGAAGAAGAGGAAGAGGAGGACGAGAUGGGUGCAACGGAGAGGAAAGUCGGCUCUGUGUUGUGA